UUGCAUGUUUCUUAAAACUAACCAUAGUAUAAUUUCCAUAUAAACUAAUUAACCAAUAAUAAUACAUAUAUAGAUUUGUGAUGGAACACGUAUCAUCUAAUACCUUGUCUAGUACUCAUCAGUCGCCCUAAUAAUCAUUUUAGUUAGAGAAUAAUUUAAGAUGCAUCGUGCUCUGUUGCUUAUGAUACUGAUCACGUCCGCGGUUUCCAUGAGCGAGGAAGAGCAGUGCAGGGACAUGUUCGAGAACUUCAUUGAGGGAAUACCUCUGCAGCCGUCUCCACAGUAUUGUAGAGGAGUGAGCCGUUUGAAUAACGUCCUCAAACUUACGUCUCCAAUUACUUUGCAGGGAUUGAAGAAGAAAAAUGGUAAGGAAGAGGUAAGGAUACGGUGCGAUUGCCCUGAAUUAGAGGUAAUAUGGAAAGUAAGAUGUGUACCUUGCGCACAAAACCCAGACCCUAAUAUAACUCAAGAUGAAUCACAUGUGUUGAGCUGGAAUCUUUGAUAGAUAUCUAGCCAUUUUAAGAAUGAUGAUAGUUUCUUUGAUCUUUAAUUACUUUCCUUUUAUCUUAUACUAGUUUUGUAGCAUUUUUUACCUUUGUUUUUAAUUUAUAUCCUAAUCAAAAAUCUAAUAACAAAAGAAAUAUUUAAAAGAAAGAAUCUAUUUUUGUA